AUGAGCGACGCAAAGAACGAAACAAGAUUAGCUAACACACGAAAAGAAUUCACCAGCUUGCAUUCUGCAAAAUAUUGCCAUCGUCUGCGAAAAUGGGCCUAUGCUCGAAAGCAACAAGCGCCCUCCAUCCCUGGAGCCAUCACUCAGAAACUGUUUACAAAAUCGGUUUCGACGGUAUCCCGAACUGUAUCCGACAUGGAAGUCAGGAGCUCCCCUCGCAACGGUGUCACUCGCAGUGGCAAGCCUCGGCAACGAAGUGCUAUUGCCUGUCAACGGUGUCAUUCCCGGCGGGUCAAAUGUAAUGCGGCAGACUCGGGUAUUCCCUGUACCAACUGUGAGCAGGCGCGAUCCUCAUGUCGACUCAUCGAGUCCAAGCGGGGCAGGAAACGAGUGGCAUCUAAUCUUCCUCCCUCUGUUUCGGAUACGCCUACUGGGAUUAACAAUAUACAUUCCAAACCCCCUCCCUUCAGCCAUGGGUCAUCCAGCAGGAGUUGUCUUACUAGAGACAACUCCCUCCCCCAAAGGCCCAGCUUGCAACUUGUAGCCCCACACGACCGGGCCCCAUCUGCCGGUGAGGGUCCAGAGACGCUCUAUGCCCAGGUCUUAGAGAAUGCUGGAGGCUCACCCGAACGGCCCAGUUUGGUGAAGCCUGGCGGGCAGGUAGUUUAUUUGGGCGAGACUUUCAAUCUCACGUACUUGCUCCAGGAAACAAGCAAGAAAAGUCAGCCAGUCCCCAAGCGACACGUUCUGCUUCCACUCCACCCCAGGAUGAAUCCCUCCUACCAAGGCCGCAAUUGUGAUUCCGUGACAAUGGAUUUGUUACAGCGACAGGAUGCUUUCUCCAUCCCCAGCGUCAAGAUAUGCAGAGAGUUAUUUCGGGUUUACUUUAAAUAUGUCCAUAAACAUUACCCAAUUCUGGAUCGUCGCGAUUUCGCUUGCCGCUACGCCGACCCGACCAACCCUCCAUCAUUUCUGUUGCUUCAGGCCGUCUUGUUCAUGGGCUCUGGCCAUUGUGAUGUAUCAGUGCUCAAGGAUGCGGGUUUUAAGUCCAGAUAUGAUGCGAGAUUGGCGCUGUUCAAACGAACAAAGGCUCUAUAUGAUUUGGACUACGAAUCAGAUAAACUUACAAUCUGCCAGUCCCUUUUCUUAAUGAGUUUUUGGUGGAAUAGUCCUACUGACCAGAAAGAUACAUGGCACUGGCUUGGAAACUCCAUCAGCCUGGCAUUGACAAUUGGGAUGCAUAGAGAUACGCACAAUUCUGACAUGAGUUUAAGGGACCAGCGCCUGUGGAAGAAGAUCUGGUGGUCGCUUUUUACUGAAGACAAACACGCAGCUGCAGCGUUGGGGAGGCCUGUCCACAUCCGCCUUCGUGAUUGCGAUGUAGAACAGCUCUGCGAGUCAGAUUUUGAGGAGGAACCCGCACGGGACCCGGAGAUAUUUGGUGUCCAAGAGAGAGUGGAUGUCUUAUAUGUUCUAUUUCUUAGUGACCUCUCGAAAAUCGUCGAAAGGAUAAUAGAUAAAUCGUUUAAUGCGCAUGAUAAGACUCUCGCCGCGCAGGCCGAUACGCUCCAAUUAUGCGAAGAGUGGCUUCUAGACUGGGAGCGGCGGCUACCACCUGAGCUUCACCUAUCGCGGAGCGGAGAAUGUGUAUGGACUGGUAUGCUCCACAUUGCUCACUGCUGGUUUCGCAUCUUGACCCACCGAUCAAGAACACCCGAAAACCCUUCAUCACCCUCCCGCUCCACCUCUCACCAGGUUGCCAUGAACGCAGCAAAUCGAAUGGUACGGAUCAUCGAAGAAGUGCUAUCUUCAUCCGCCAUAAACCAGUGCCCUAUACACGUUAUUCCUGCUUUGUUCGCGGCCAUGUCCAUGCACGCGCAACACAUUUGUUCUGGAGACCCAGUCCGUGAACAACUAGGGUCUGUGAAAAUCCGGCUAUCGAUGAUCGCACUCCGAGAACUGCAAAGCACCUGGCCCGUGAGCGGCUGGAUUUUCCUCCUUUUUACGAAAAUCAUUCGUCGCAUCCGGGAUACGGAUGACUACCCGCCGCUAGCCAAUAGUAGCUCUGAUACGAUGACCGAGACGGGUGUCCAAGCGGAUACGUUGGGCGUUGGUGGUGAGUCGGGAAUGGCCCCCCCUGAAACGGCAACCCAACCGCACAUCCAGAUGACGCCCAACGGGAAUGCUGUUGGCUGGGAUCCCCAUGGCAUCACCAUGCCAUUGAAUUUCUCGACUGAUUGGAGUGGCGUCACUGAUGGGGACUUGUGUCUUGAUCCGGAAUUUGAUUUUAUGAUUGGAACACCCAGGACAUCUACUCCUCGGAUUCCUAGAUCGAAUUUUUAUAAUUCAUAG